UAAGGUUCAUAUUUCCAAGAAAAGAUAGAGACAAAUAGAUUCUUCCUGAUUCACGAACUUAAUGGUGUACUAGGUGGCCCAACUUCUACCUUAUCUCUCUGAUACUGAUUCUAACUUCAAAUUCUGAACGAAAAUAAUGUCCUAACGCUGAUACUGAUUCUAACUUUAUCAAAUUCUGAACGAGAAUGUCCCAACGAGAAUGUCCUAACGAGAAUGUCCUAACGAGAAUGUCCUAACGAGAAUGUCCUAGCGAGAAUGUCCCAACGAGAAUGUCCCAACGAGAAUGUCCUCUAACCACCGAACUCGAUGUUGCCCACGUGCAUGGUUGAUAUGCCUGUGGGCAGCUUUCUACGAUGUCUUGCUUCUCCGGUUUAGACGCCAACCGCGAAUCACACGACUGGUCAAAGAUCACGUGAUUCACGCUGGUGCGAAGAAGGAGUCGAAACCAAGUUCAACUUCACUGGGUAACUACGAUGAUCAGGAGGAUGAUCUCAUUGAUGGAAAAGGAAAAGGACAAGGAAAAGAACUACUAGCACGACACCAGAAAGAAAAAGAUUAUAGUAGACCGAAACCAAAAGAAACGUCUGUGGAGCCUGCAAAAGGACCAGCCGACGCGAAUGGCCACUCUGUGACGCCUUCACAGCCUUCACCUUCGAGGGCAGCUCCACGUAUUGUUAUGUUCACGAAAGAAAUAUUAAGCAGACCAACACCAAAGCCGUUGAGUAGAAGCCUUCAUGUUACAACUUGCCGGCGAUCAUUCUAAUUUCUGCCUGUCGAUCUCAGUUCAUCCUCCGAAAUUCCACUUUCUAGCAAGAUUUUUGAGCCAGUACGCACGCUGUCCCGCCGCAUGGAGCGCCUUUUCUGUGCACGUAGUCUUCAGUGCCAAAAAGGACCUGCAGAAAUGGCGCCAUGGCCUCAAGAGCUUGAAAAGCCAGGACAUUGUUGCCUCAUUCGCACAUCCGGAAGUUGACGAGCUUUUACGUGUCGUUCAGGACAUGAAACAAGAUACAGCUAGUUCGAGUUCCGCAACAAGGGAAAAGCUAGUUCUUGGAAAGGAUCCCACAAUUAAGGCUGUACCUAAUAUCGCAGUCGAGAUCAAUUCCUUUCUUUGCCUUUGUCUUCUCUUUUUUGUUUGUCACUUGUCUAUUUCUUCAACAAUCCACUCCUUUUCUUCUUCCUAAUACAUCUUCCACUACUAGAGGCUGUACCUAAUACAUCUUCCACUACUAGUAUUAAGGCUGUACCUAAUACAUCUUCCACUACCUAAUCAUACAUCUUUGGACAUCACAUCGUUGAUGAAAUGUAUGGACGAGGAGUAUCCUAAGGGAAUACUCCCCCAUACUUAUCGAGGAUGCACUUGCAAGCUCUAAUGGUAGCUCUAAUGGUAGCGCUAAUACUCAUCCAGGAAGCUCUAAUGGUAGUUCUUUAGAUGCAACAGCCACUACAUCAACGUCAACAACGAAGAAGUCCAACGUGCAGUCAACAGCCAACUCCCAUUCCAGACCGCACCCUUGGCGUGCGGUGAUCGCUGAUGUACCGACACAGCUGCACUCCCCAGACACCGAUGUCCAAGGAUACACUGGCUGGAAGAAGUGGUAUGUAUGAGAAGAAAAGAACACCAAGUAGGAACUGCAUUAUAUAUAAAGUGUUUACAGGAGAGAGUAGGUCCAAGUAGAUCACCUUAGUACUCGUUCAGGAAGUAUUCACAGAAUAAAAAGUACUACCUAAGUAGAUGAAGAAUUCCAACUUGUUGCUAAGAAGAUAUACUUUAGAUGACGUACCUCCACAGAUAAGGAUCUUAUCUAACCCAUCUAAGAUAAGGAUCUUAUCUAACCCUACCUCCACAGAUAAGGACUCCAACCCGUCUAACCCAUGGCUUACUGCACAUGCUAGAUCUGCCUCCAGACGAACGACCUGAUUUCGGCGCAAUGUUAGACGCUGACAUGCUUAUCAAUUUCGAUGCAUGUAAAAAUGGCAUCAAAAACGAACAUCGUGGAGCAGACGUAGUCAACAAAGGUGCGGAUGAUCAGGCAUCACUGGAGAAGGCAAGACCAGAGAAGGCUUUUCCUGCAACCAAGAAUCCUAAGCAGGACGAGGAACAUGGAAGUUCCGGCGUUGUGUCGGCUGAAGAUGCUGCAGCAACCAAAGAUCUGAAGUAUAAAGAUCAAAGCAGACAAGAGAAGACCACUGCCAGAUGGGGCAACGAAGAAUCAGCAUUUUCUUACUUUUUAGAGCGCGUACAGCAGAACGAGCGCUCCAGGCGCUUCCCGGCGGCCGCAGUGAGCAGCGAUAUUGAGAUUUACAAUCUAACAAAGACAAACUCGUGGAACGGGCAGACCUAUAAUCGGGCACUGAUGUUUUUAUGACCUUCGGCAUCAUGUAGGCGAUUCCUAUUAAGUCCAGGAGGACACCAAGAACCAACAGCGUCACAGUGUAUUUUCAUAUUUGUCGUAGCAAUAUCUACGUCUCCGCACAUGAUAAUAAAUACCUCAAACUGCACCUUUCUUUUCCGUCUAAGACCACGUUCCUUUCCACGUGCAAUUGAGGCAGCAAAUGGGGCUACAAGGAUUCGCAGAUGGAGAUACUUGCUGUCAAAGCGCGACUUAGUACCUCGCGAUUUCGGGGACCGACGUUUCUUUCGAUAUCGGUGGCACAACGACCACGUAAGCAUCAUUGACCGCUACGACAAGGGCAUCGACAGAGGCGUUGACAAGAGCAGGAGUGCGCUCGUCGCUGUUGGCAGAGAGUCGGUACUAGGAAGACCACCGAAAACGAUUACAACGACCAAGAAAACCAGGGGGGAAGAAAAUAUAAUAGGUACAAGACGGGGAAUGGGACAAUGCCCUCUGCCAAUAGCAGGCCCAGAGAUGUUUAUGGCAAAACGUUGCUGGAUUGUAGGAGUGUUUUUAGUCCAGUUAAUAGAGCUGUUCUUGUUCUCGAAAAGAUGCUCAUCAAGAAGGACUCAGGAUAAAAAUUACCAAGAUAGGACUCAGGAUAAAAAGGGUUUAGGGUUUAAUAGGGGUUUAGGUGACCACAGAGAAAGAUGAAAGUUGCAGUUGCUGAAUUGUAGGAGUGUUAGUCUGAAUCUUCCGCGUGUUGACCACUAUUUCAGUGUCCUAGAGGACGAAAGGCAAAAUCGUAAUGUCUUUUCUACGACUGUACUAGGUGACCAUUAGUUACAACAUUACGUACACUUAAAUAUCGACUUUUGGCCCAAACUACGUAGUUGUUAUCGACUUUUGACUCAAACGUAGUUAUCUACUUUUGAGCGUAUAUCUACUUAGAUAUGCCUUCAUGCUUCUGUCGGCAGCUCAGCAUCUGCAAACUGUACUCCGAGACGUCCUAUUUUCUUGGUGGGCCGACUUCCCAGUUGUGAACCUCACCCACAUCGUGCCAGCGUUCGUCACCGGUCUCGCAUUAGAGCGUCGCGUGGUCGGUCUCAGCGAUUUGGAUUCAGCCAGUCCAGUUUCAGACCCUCCCACGACUACAGAUGACAUCAAGGACACGACAUGCCCAAAACAGCGUACACCUAGGGAAGAUUUUGAAGGCCUUCUCUCGCAUCGAUACGCCAGAAACAGUAUUUUGCCUUUGAGCAAACACGACAACACCUUGUGGGAGCGGCGGAAUCGAGCGACGCUUUUGCGCAAUGCUGGAGUAUGUGAAAGAAGUUCUCGGACAAGAGCGGAAGUGGAGGCUGCGGAGAAAAAAGACCAUGCUGUGGAUCAUGCAAUGCAAAAGCAGUCGGAACGAGACCCAAAGCAGGUGGGAGUAAGUGAAGAUUCUAGUAAUGCUGACGUAGACGAGCAAAAAGUAGUCGCGCAGGAGAAUGUUGACGCUUUGUGCAAACUUCUUGGUGUGCGACCUACUACUCCGUGGAAGCAAGGGAGCAACAACAAGACGCAACAGACGAAUGCACCAGAUUCGCUUGGUGCAACUGCAACAACAACAAGCAAGAUCAUAUCUCCUUUCUCGUACAGAGCACUGGGCCGUCACCUGGAGCACACUAACUUCGAGAUGAUGCUUUAUCUUAUGGAACGCCAGGUCUGUAGGUUUUCGAUUAUUGUUUUUUUGAAAAGUACGUGGUACUGAAAUAUUAUUAAUCGCCCGAGACUCUCCUUGCUAAACUAGAGACUUUGUUGAUUCAAAAAACGGAGUCACUAGGAGUACUUUCUUUUGGCGAUCAUGCUCUUCUUCCUCUAGGUCUUCUCCUUCACGACAAUACUAGUUUGCUCUAAUCCUUACUAUUUCGCCAUCUUGGUUUUCGGCUACCGCAUUCGUGACGUGACAAACAUAACGGGAAAGGCCCCAUGGGGCAGCUACAUGGAAAGUCCACAACUUCUUAGAGGACCAACAGCGAAAAAUUAUGACAUUAGAAGUUGUUACUUUUCAAAACAUACUUAAUUGUACCGCUUCGCUAUUACAAUCUUUGCGUGAGAUCCAUCGCGUAGACCAUCUAUAGCGCCCUUGUGGCCGUCUGCCCUGAACUUUGAGCGAUCGGAAAUGAGGCGAUCGGAUAGCGCCCUUGUAGCCGUAUGCAUAGGUUUUGACUUAUCGGAGCUCGCUUGCAAAAUACGCAGGUAGGUUUUGACUUAUCGGAACUCGCUCACGAUACAAAAAAAAAAAGCGAGAUUAAUUGCAUUGUAUUGCUUUUGGUCUUGCUAGAGGUAGGGGUGGACGUAGUAGACGAGGUAGAGGUAGACCCUCUAGAUCCUGUAGUAGACUCUAUCCUCAACAUAUCAUUAUCAAUCCACUCCUUUUCCCCCUUCUAAUCCCCGAACAAUGUAGUCAACGAAAAAGGAAAGAGGAUAGGUCUCAAUGACGUUCUUCCGCCUGACCUGCGUAGAAAUUGUGCCGAUGGUAGCCUGUAUCGCGAGGAUGUGUUGAGCUUAUCUGGUGGCAAGAAUGCGACAACAACUUCUACCGAAGCGCAACGUCCUAUAGGCGUUACCUUAUCUGGCAAUCCGACAACAACUUCUACCGAAGCGCAACGUCCUAUAGAACAAGGUAGUGGAACAAGUAAGCAGCCAGGUGAUUGCGUCAUAUUCGACGAUCAGCUUGUGUCAAUUCGAGAAGGAGCGCCGCUGCGGAAACUCAAUCCCCUGUUUAUGGACCACUUCCUUGGUAGUUGUAUCCUUACAGUAGAAGUAGCGACAGUCUCUGCCUUGGUAGAAAUAGAACAUGAACAGGGAGUAGAGACAGUCUCUGUAGCUGUAGAUCCGUUCACGAAGAAAUGACUACAGAAAAUUCGAUCAUUGUAGGUCACUCUAUUAUAUAUUCGAAAAACUGAAAUAAGCAGGUAACUGAUCAGAAUAACCGGGAGACUGAUGGGAAGGAAGGGUAGCCUUGAUGUUAAGCUACGCCCCUCAUUUCAGUCAGUAACUCGGCUAUUUCAGUUUUUCGAGUAGAUGAAGCACGAACUCAAGAGCAGCGCAAAACAUGAUCCUCAUGGAUCCGCACAUCUUUGUUAACGUUAGUCUUCUAACCCCCGGGUCAGCGACGAAGCUGCACGGCGAGCAGAGGCAGGUCAGCUACCAGCUUUUUCGAAGGAGAAAAGGCAUAUGCCACUAUUCGUUUUUCAUGCUGACCACGAUCAAUCGCGUUGGGGCGAUGCACGGAAGCAACAGUGGGAACGCUUUCUGGCAGGGUUUCAUGAGUGAGAACCUGCUCUCAGUUUUUUUGAGUUUAGAUCAGGUUGAGGAGUAUUUGCAUCAGGGUUACAGCAACAAGGUUGCCAGCACGACAUGACUUCUACGCACUUAGAAGUGACUUUUCUCAAGACGCAUUCAAGUCAUUUGAGAAGACUGAAUCAUCUCGCUGUGGCGAUUGCGAUAGCAACACGAUGAGCCGAUAAAAUAUAAAUUCGCGAAUCGGAGAGAUCAAGAGAAGCUCUUUCAGCC